UAAAGCAGCAUUAAAGAAACAUGUAAAAAAAACAAAAAAGGAGGGAACUUGGAGGGAGGGAGAGAGAGGUUGUGCGGGGGAAGCGGAGAAAGGAGGUUUUUUUCCCCCUUUUUUAUUACAAUUGUAACAACUCUUGUCAUCCGCUUGCAAAAGCCCUAAUCUUUUGUGAUUACUGGACUGCCCCGCUUUGCAAUUACCCUGCCGAUCAAUUGGGUUGGUCGUACGAUUCUGUGUUGCAGCUGCAGAUUCGGCCGAUCUGGAAGGGAAAGCGUGAUCAUUGAUCUGAUUCUAUGGUUUUGCGGCGAGAAAGCUUCGGUGCAAUGAGUCCUGGUAUAGCGGGUAUGGAUAUGGAGGAGGCCAAGCGUCCCAGUGCUCUGCAAUUGGCUGAUGGCGCAAUGGAAGCUCGAUUCGCUAAUCUUUGCAAGAGCGGAGUGGGGAUUGAUGAGGGCACAGCAGAGGAGGCACUUGCACUUUUUGGAGAAAGCAAGCAAAUUCUGUCGGGGAUCAUUUUGUCAGUUGGAAGCGGAUCGCCGGAGGUAGUCGAGAGGCUUUGGUCCGCUUUUCUUCUCUAUUGCGUCAUUAGACUCUGCAGUGGGAAGGAGAAACAGGAGAGCGAGGAUGGAAGAGUGAAGCUAUCCCAGAUUCUGGAGGUGGCUAAGCUGAAUGCUUUGAACUUUUUCAAAGAAGUUUCCCACUUUUCUGUUAAGGCUGAUAAUGUUUUAUCCAAUCAUUAUGGGCCUGAUUGGGAGAAAAGGAUUGAGUUGAAGGAGUUGCAUGCAAAUGUUGAUCAACUCUGUUGUCUUAGCAGGUUCUACAAGAAAGCAUAUCACCAGCUUUUCAAGGUGAGUGACACGUGUAAUGGGCGAAAACUUCUACUUUCCAAUUGUGAAGACUAUGUCUCAGAUUACCAUUAUUUUGGGUGGCUGCUAUUCUUGGCGUUGCGUACCAAUGUAUUUAGCCGCUUUAAAGAUCUGGUUACCUAUACUAAUGCAUUGGUGUCAAUAUUGGCCAUUCUUAUUCUGCAUGUUCCAAUAAGCUUGAGGAACUUUCCUAUUUCAAAUUCACCUUUCUUUACCAAGAAGUCUGACAAGGGUGUGGAUCUUCUUGCUUCUUUAAGCCAGAGCUAUGAUGCUUCUGAAGUGGAGUUGAGGAGAAUGAUGGAAACAGCUAAUAAAUUAAUCGCAGAUGUCCUGAAGAAGAAACCAUGCCAUGCUUCAGAAUGCAAAACAGAAAAUUUAUAUGACAUAAACACAGAUGAGCUGACAUACUUCGAGGAUCUGUUAGAUGAGAAGUCACUUCAGAGUAAUUUACUUAUUCUGAAUAGUGAUUAUGAUGAAAUCAUCAAAAGCAAGUGUGAACUCGAUGAGCGCAUAUUUCUCAAUGUUGAGGAUAGCUUAGAUGCUAAUGGAGGCUUAAACUUUUCUGGGGAUGCUAUCAGUUUGUCUCGUGAAAGGGAUAAUAAUGCUGCGGUUACCACUCCAACAAAGUCAAUAAUAACCUGUGCUGCCUCUCAUCCGGCUGCAUCACCUGCCAAUGGAAAUUUUGUGGGCAAUUCUAGGAUGGUUCAGUGGACACCAGUGAGCUCCACCAUGACUACUGCAAAGUGGCUUCGUGAAGUUGUUUCUCCAUUUCCUUCAAGACCUUCAACAGGGCUUCAGCAUUUCCUCGAAUCCUGUGACACUGAUUUAACUAGCACUGUUAUCCACAGGGCCAACAUCAUAUUGGAGGCCAUUUUCCCUAGUCAUUAUGGAGAACGGUGCAUUUCUGGAAGUCUUCAAGGCGCGAAUCUUAUGGAUAGUGUAUGGUCAGAACAGCGGAAGUUAGAAUCUCUGAAGUUAUAUUAUAGGGUAUUGGAAUCAAUAUGUAAAGCAGAAUCACAGAGACUAAAUGACAAUAAUCUUACUUCGUUAUUAUCCGGUGAGCGGUUUCAUCGAUGCAUGCUUGCUUGUGCUUCUGAGCUUGUUUUGGCGACGCAUAAAACUGUCACUAUGAUGUUUCCUGCUGUGCUGGAAAGAACAGGAAUAACUGCUUUUGAUUUGAGCAAAAUCAUUGAAAGUUUUGUGAGGCAUGAGGAAACUCUUCCAAGAGAGCUAAAGAGGCAUUUGAAUUCAUUGGAAGAGCGACUUUUAGAGAGCAUGUCAUGGGAAAAAGGUUCCUCUCUUUAUAAUUCCUUGAUUGUAGCAAAGCCUGCAUUGGCUGCAGAAAUAAAUAGGUUGGGACUCUUAGCAGAGCCAAUGCCAUCACUUGAUUCAAUUACAUUGCAUAAAAAUAUCGCUACAAUAGGAACCCAAUCUUCUACAUCACAAAAGCAUGGAGGAUCAUCAGGUCCAGAUGGAGAUUCCAGAUCUCCAAAGAGAUUAUGCGGUGAAAACAGACGUGUAGUUACUGAUCAUAAUAUCUUAAAAUCACCUGUGAGAGAAAACCUGACUAGCUUCAACAGUCCCAAAUUGAAGUUACCAUCUCUUCAGUCUGCAUUUGCAAGCCCUGCAUGUCCAAACCCUUCAACUGGUGGGGAACCUUGUGCUGAGGCAGGGAUCAGUUGUUUCUUUAGCAAGAUUUCAAAAUUGGCUGCUAUCAGAAUCAGAAGCCUGUGUGAAAGGCUCGGAGUGCCUCAGCAAUUUGUAGAGCAUGUCUACUUUCUCAUCCAACAAAUUCUUAAUCAGAAGACAGCUCUCUUUUUCAACAGACAUAUCGACCAACUUAUUUUAUGUAGUAUAUAUGGAGUUAAUAAGAUCUUGAAUUUAGAUUUGACAUUUAAGGCAAUCAUUUACAACUACAGAAAGCAGCCACAGUGUAGAACUCAAGUUUUUAGGAAUGUUUAUGUUAAUGGGUCAUCAAUCCACAAUACGAAGAAGGGGCAUGAACAUAUUGAUAUCAUUACCUUCUACAAUGCGGUAUUUAUUCCAUCUGUUAAGCCCUUGUUGGUGGAGUUGGGUUCUUCUAAAGUUGAAAACAGUAAUGGCUUGGCUCAAGAUAAGUGUAACAAUUCCAUUGGCCAUAUUCCCUCGUCGCCCCGGUUGUCCACUUUCCCUAAUCUUCCAGACAUGUCACCAAAGAAAGUAUCUGCUUCUCAUAAUGUUUACGUUUCACCUUUGCGGCAGUCCAAGAUGGAUGCUUUACUGGCCCCAAGUUCCAAGAGUUACUACGCCUGUGUUGGUGAGAGCACGCAUGCCUUCCAGAGCCCAUCUAAAGACCUUAUGGUCAUCAAUAGUCGUCUAAAUUGUGGCAGGAGAGUUGGAGGCCGGCUCAACUUUGAUUUGGUGAGCGAUUCAAUUGUAGCUGGUAGCCUUGGACCUCAAAAUGGAAGCUCAGGCUCCUCGGCUGCUGGCACUGCUACAGACGUCACUGUGAAAAGUGAACCACCUGACCUUUGAUAUUUAUAUAUAUGGGCUUCCCUUUUCAUAAAAAAAUCAGUUUUAUUUUAUUGUAUACUGAAUGUGGAAAUCAUGUGUGAGCAGCAUUGCUUGUGCAUUAAAUAGUUGGCUGCCCCGUGAGUCCCUGUAUCUAUCUCUAUCUAUCUUUAUCUAUAUUAGUUGUAGAUCUCUGUAAAAAGAGAUGGAAGAAUGGGAAUGAGGAGUCAAGUUAAUAAAGAUUCUUUCAUUUUCUUUUUACA